AUGCUUGGUGAAGAUCAAUCCUAUUCCACUAGUCCCAAUAGGUAGCAUAGGGAAAGAAGCACUACACCAAGGAAUCAACAAUAUGAAAAUUUUGUUAUAAAUUUCUUUUUUCUUAUUGGUAUCGAGACUAACAAGAAUGGUUGGGAUAACAAAUAUUCAUCUCAAUCGUACUUUGAAUACUCGUAUAACCAUCAAAGAUUGUUGAAGUGACUAAUUUCUGAAAAUAGGAGGCGUUGAGGACAAAAAAAUUGUUGGAGUUACCAUUUCCAUUUAGCACUAAUAUGAUUGGUGUUA